AUGGCCGCGCACCCGGGCGGCGACGGAGGCGUCCCCGCCCUCGGCUCGGAGCUGCCGGCCAUGUUCGACGGUGUGAAGAUGGCGGCGGUGGCCACCGUCCUCUACGUCAUCGUCCGCUGCCUCAACCUGAAGAGUACCCCCUCGCCGCCGGAGGUCAGCCACCAGGACACGCCGCUCGCCCGCUACCUGCUCAAAAGCUGCCCCCUCCUAACUAAAGAAUACAUUCCACCCCUGCUGUGGGGAAAGAGCGGGCACAUCCAGACGGCGCUCUACGGGAAGAUGGGACGCGUGCGUACGCCUACGCCCCACGGGGUCCGCGAGCUCCUCCCCAUGCCUGACGGGGCCACAGCCAGCUUUGACCUCUUCCAGCCGCUGGUGGAGCAUUGCACAGGAGACGACAUCACCAUGGUCAUCUGCCCCGGCUUCGGUAACCAUAGCGAGCAGAACUACAUUCGCACCUUUGUGGAUCACUCCCAGCGGCAGGGCUACCGUUGUGCCGUGCUCAACCACUUGGGAGCGUUGCCCGACAUGGAGCUUACCUCUCCGCGCAUGUUUACCUACGGUUGUACUUGGGAGUUCGCAGCCAUGGUCAGCUACGUGAAGCAAGCGCUCCCUCGCACGCUACUGGUGGUGGUGGGCUUCAGUUUGGGCGGCAACAUCGCAUGUAAAUUUCUGGGAGAGAAUCCGUCCAAUCAGGAGCGAGUGCUAUGCUGCGUCAGCGUCUGUCAGGGUUACAACGCACUCAGAGCACAAGAAACUUUCCUUCAGUGGGACCAAUGCCGACGACUUUACAACUUCUUAAUGGCCGAAAGACUCAAGAAGCUCAUCUUGUCGCACAGGAACAGUUUGCUGGGCGUCACUUCCAGCAACAUCAGCGACGCCGACCUGAGUCAACUGUGCGCUGCCACGUCGCUCUCGCAGAUUGACGACAGCGUCAUGAGAAAGUUCCACGGGUAUAGCUCCCUGGACGAGUACUACAAGCAGGAGAGCUGCGUGCGCUACAUGCACAAGGUGACCGUGCCGCUCCUCCUGAUGAAUUCAUCCGACGACCCGCUGGUCCAUCGUUCCCUUUUGGCCAUCCCGCGAUCGCUCUCAGAGAAGAUGCCCAAUGUGAUCUUCGCCCUGACUCAGCACGGCGGCCAUUUGGGCUUCUUCGAAGGAGACGUGCUCUUCCCUCUGCCCCUCACGUGGAUGGACAAAGUCAUCGUGGAGUUCGCCAACGCCGUCUGCCACUGGCAGAGCGGCCGUCCACCACGCGAGCUGUCCAGCGCGGGCGAGCCGGCCACCGCCUGGUCCUCGGUUUCCGCUUUAUUUCAGCGCCAAUGGUUGUAA